CACGAGCGUGACAAUUACAAGGAGCCCAGCGUAGUGCUAUUCCAAAUGAGCAAGUCUGAAGAACAAAGGAGUAAGAAAAGCUGCACAAUGAAUGGAACGAAGAAAUCUUCGCCUGGAUACAGUGAAAUCCUUGACGUCCCAACCCAGCAAGUUCACCAACAAGAAGAAAAGGGAAGAUAUCUUGGAUAUGGCAAAAGAGACAGGGAGAAAUCUGAUUUCACCAAACAUCGUACAACCCAGACCGAAGAGGAACAAUAUGAAUAUCAAGAGUACGGGCAAAGUAUCACUCCUACCUCCUAUCUUGCUUUACAUCACCACUCCUACAUCAAAGAGAAACCUUAUACAUUUAUAAAUUGUGGGGAAAACUUCACUUUGAGCAGUCAUCUUAUUUCCCAUAAAGAGGAGAGACCAUAUGAGUGUGGAAAGGGAUUAAGUAAGAAACAGUUAUUUAUUUUGCCCCAAAAAAAUCCACCAAGGGAGAAACCCUAUAAAUGUCUGCAGUGUGGAAAAACCUUCACUGAGAGACGUAACCUUAUCACACAUGAAAGGAUCCACACUGGUGAAAAACCCUAUAAAUGUCUGCAGUGUGAAAAGACAUUCACUCAGAGAGGUAACCUUAUCACACAUGAAAGGAUCCACACAGGGGAAAAACCGUAUAAAUGUCUGGACUGUGGAAAGACCUUCGCUGAGAGACGUAACCUUAUCACACAUGAAAGGAUCCAUACAGGGGAGAAGCCAUAUAUAUGCCUGGUGUGUGGAAGAAGAUUCAUUCAGAGCGGUCACCUUACGAGACAUCAGCGAUCCCACACAGGGGUGAAACCAUAUACAUGCCUGCAGUGUGGAAGGCAAUUCAGUGGACGUUCAAACCUUGUGAAGCAUGUAAGAAGCCACACGGAGGAGAAACCAUAUAUUUGUACAGAGUGUGGAAAGAGCUUCCGUGACAACAGUGUCCUCAUUUGCCAUAAAAGGAUCCACACAGGAGAAAAACCAUACAAAUGCCUGGAGUGUGGGAAGAACUUCAGGCGAAACUGUCACCUUGUGAAACAUAAACGAAUUCACACAGGAGAGAAACCAUAUCAAUGCCUGGAGUGUGGAAAGAACUUCAUUCAGAAAAGUAACCUUUUGCAACAUAAAACAAUUCACACAGGGGAGAAACCAUAUAGGUGCCCAGAAUGUGGCAAAAGUUUCAGUCAGAACAGUACUCUCUUCCAACAUAAAGCAAUUCACACAGGAGAGAAACCUUAUAAGUGCCUCGAGUGUGGAAAAAGCUUCAGUCAGAACUAUAAACUUUUGCAACAUAAAAGAACUCACACAGGGGAGAAACCAUAUAGGUGCAAGGAAUGUGGGAAGAGUUUCAGUUGCAGCAGUGAUUUUAGUUGCCAUAAAAGGAUUCAUACAGGGGAGAAACCAUAUAAAUGUCUGGAGUGUGGAAAGGGUUUUAAAAAAAACAGUCAUCUUAUAUCUCAUAAAAGAAAGCACACAGGAGAGAAACCAUAUAAAUGCACAGAGUGUGGAAGGAGAUUUUCUUACAACUUUGUCCUCAGAUAUCAUCAACGAACCCAUACUGGGGAGAAACCAUAUAAAUGCUUGAAGUGUGGAAAGAAGUUCAGUAGAUGUUCAAACCUUAAAAUCCAUGUAAGAAUCCACACGGGGGAGAAACCAUACAGGUGCCCAGAGUGUGGGAAGUGCUUCUGUAAGGACAGUGACGUUAUCCGCCAUAAAAGGAUCCACACAGGAGAAAAACCAUACAAAUGCCUGGAAUGUGGAAAGAGCUUCACUCAGAAUGCUAACCUUAUCAAACAUAGAAGAAUUCACACGGGAGAGAAGCCAUACAAUUGCACAGAGUGUGGGAAAAACUUCAGCCAGAAAAAUCACCUUUCGCAACAUGAAAGAAUCCACACGGGGGAGAAACCAUAUACGUGUCCGAUGUGUGGAAAGAAGUUCACUGGAAGACCAAGCCUUGUGAUGCAUGUAAGAAUCCACACAGGAGAGAAACCACAUAAAUGUAUGGAGUGUGGAAAGAGCUUCCGUAAGGACAGUAAUUUUAUUUCCCAUAAAAGGACCCACACAGGAGAAAAACCUUACAAAUGCCUGGAAUGCGGAAAGAGCUUCACUCAGAAUACCCUUACGAGACAUCAAAGAACCCACACUGGGGAGAAACCAUAUACAUGCUCAAUGUGUGGAAGGAAGUUCAGUGGAAGAUCGAAUCUUAAAACCCAUGUAAGAAUCCACACAGGGGAGAAACCGCAUAAGUGUAUGGAGUGUGGGAAGGGCUUCCGUAAGCACAGUGACUUUAUUCGCCAUAAAAGGAUCCACACAGGAGAAAAACCAUACAAAUGCCUGGAGUGUGGAAAGAGCUUCACUCAGAAUGCUAACCUUGUCAAGCAUAGAAGAAUUCACACGGGAGAGAAACCAUACAAUUGCACAGAGUGUGGGAAAAACUUCGGCCAGAAAAAUCAGCUGAUGAAACAUAAAAGGAUCCACACAAGAGAGAAAACAUAACUUGGGAGCUUUCAUCACAAGUGUUUUCUUCUCAAAAAGGGACCCACAUGGGAAAAACAA